AUGGCUCCUCCUACUACUGCACCUGUUUAUCAAUUGACUGAUAAGGCUCUAUCUCCCAAGGAGAUAAUUAAGGGUCCAUCUACAUAUGCCAACACAAUCAAUGAGGGUCCUUCAGUUUUGAAGAAUUGGUCGGGUCCUUUGAAAGUUAGCGGAGCUCUCGACACUGCAUACAAAUUCAAAGAGAUUACUCCUGCUAUUGGUCGUGAAUACCCUGACCUUCAACUCAAAGAUGUCCUUGAGAAUGAAGAACAGUUGAGAGACCUUGCCAUUACUAUUUCUAGAAGAGGUGUCGUCUUCUUCAGAAACCAAGAUAUCACAAUUGCGCAGCAAAAGAAGCUGGCUGAUCAACUCGGUAAACUGGCAGGUAAACCAGAAACUUCUGGUUUGCACAUCCACCCAGUUGCUCCUGCUGGUGGUUUCCUCAAAGAAGGAUCCGACGAGAUUGAUGAAGAGGUUUCUAUCAUCACAUCCAAGAUCAACAACGAUGUUUACAACAACGCUAGAAUUGCGUUUAGAAAAUCGAGUGAAAAGUACCACACUGAUGUUAACUUUGAGCCCGUCCCUGCUGAUUACACUACUUUAAGAAUUAUUGAGACUCCUGACCAUGGUGGUGACACCCUUUGGGCCAGUGGAUACAGUCUUUAUGACAAGCUUUCUCCUUCGUUAAGGGCUUACCUGGAGACUCUUGUUGGAACCUACAGCCAGCCUACUUUCAAGGAUUCCACAAAGGGUGAGCACGGUAUUUAUUCUGCCAAGCGUGGCGCUCCAGAGAACUUUGGUGACGAACUGAUUGCCAAACAUCCUGUCGUCAGAACGAACCCUGUCACUGGAUGGAAGUCCAUCUUCAGUCUGGGAACACACUUCACAUCUUUCGACGGUCUUACUGAAGAUGAGAGUACUCUUCUUAAGACAUACAUUCAUAACUUACUAGUUUCAAGUCACGACAUUCAAGUUCGUUUCAAGUGGAACAAGAACGAUAUGGCCAUUUGGGACAACAGAUCCGUGUUCCACACUGCUACUAAUGACUAUCCCAUUGGCGCUGGUACUGUUGUCAGAACUGGUGUUAGAACUGUAUCAGUGGGUGAGCGUCCAUUUUUCAGUGAGAAAUCUAAGAGCCGCGAAGAAGACUUAUACGAGAACAAGCUUCUUGUUUGA